AUGGCCGCCUCUCAAGAACAGAAGAGCACCCUGCUCCCUCUGCUGAUCUCCAACAACGUCCUCUCGUUCGGCACCUACGUCCUCAAGUCCGGUCGCGAAUCUCCUUACUUUUUCACCUCCUCCCUCAUGCACACCGCACCCUUGCUGCGUGCCUCCUCUGCCGCUUACGCCAGUGUUCUGUCAGCCGAGCCUUUCGUCUCCAAGGCAGCUGACGGCACCACCAAGCCCAACUUCGACAUUAUCUUCGGCCCCGCAUACAAGGGCAUUCCCAUCUGUGCUGCCGUUACCAACGAGCUGGCCGUGCAAGAUGCACUCGCUGCCUCGCCCAAUGGAACAUGGGACAACGUCAGCUACUCAUUCAACCGCAAGGAGGCCAAGGAUCACGGUGAGGGAGGCAACAUUGUCGGCGCUCCGCUGAAGGGCAAGCGCGUGGUCAUCGUCGACGAUGUCAUUACCGCUGGCACUGCUCUGCGUGAGGCUGUCAACAUCAUUCAGAAGGAGGGCGGUAUCGUCGCUGGUGUUGUUGUCCUGCUGGACCGCGAGGAGCGUGUCAGCGAUACCGAGACCAAGAGCGCUAUCGGUGUUGCGCAGCGGGAUCUUGGUGGAGACAUCCCUAUCCGUGCGGUCAUUGGCUUGCACGAUAUUAUUGAGCACUUGGGCGAUAAGUUCGAUGCUUCCGACAUCCAGCGCUUGAAGGAUUACCGUGCCCGCUAUGGCGCGGAGUAA